UUGGGGCUCGAUGGAGAGCGGCGACCUAUCACUCGCCUCCACGCCAACAGGAGGAUCCCGACGAGUAUCCCUCACUCCUCCUCGCCUAAUCGAACAAUUCGACUACAACUUCACCAACGGAGCGUCGACAAAAAUCCUCAAAGUUCCGCUCCCAGUCCCCAUACCCGGCGGAGCGAGAGAAUUCGCUGAGCGCCUCAUAACAUUCAACAGACUGCCUGUCUACGUGCACGACGACCUCAUAGAAAGACUGACCGCAUUCCAACGGAGUGUUGUGACACAGAGAGCUGAUGAGGCGGCUGAUGCGACGUUGGAGGAUGUGAGAAUGUCGGACAAAUCGCUUGAGGAGAGAGUCGAUGAGUGGGCCGAUUUGUUUGCGAGUGAGCAUGCGUUCUGUGCGGUUGAUUCGAGGCCGAGUGAUGAGUUGAGCUUUGCGGAUGCGUAUCAUUCGCUUAUUCAUUCGCCGGCGUUGGGCACGCUGUUGAAGUUGGAGCAGACGUAUGCGAUGGAUAUGCAGCAGGAGAAUGAGAAGAAGGAGAUGGCGAUGAAGAAAUUGGAAUUGAAGCACGAAGCUGCGAUGCAGAACACGCUGAGCAAUCUGGGCAUGUUCCACUCUGAUCAAGAUGUGACAAUGCUGGCCGGGUCUCACUUGCAAGAAAUAGAGUCUGUGAAUGCUAAGUGGCAGAAAGCGAUUGAUCAUUUGAGAACAACACAACGACACGGUUAUCGCGAGUUCGUUAUGUCAGUACAAGAAGAACGGACAAACGAAUACCCUAAUGGACGUUUGGCAUUGUCAUCACCAAAAUCAACGCCAGAUUUGGGUACUGUUGGCAAUGUGGUACCGGGCGGAAGGCUCCAGGAACCUGAGUCAGAGUCUUCUCACGAAGACAAUCGUUAUGAAGAAAGCUUCACUAUCUAUUUAGGAACACAAUUGAAGACAAUACACAACCUCAGAUUGCUCUCUUGUGAUGUCCUGGAUUUGUGCAGACACAAGGUGUCAACUGGAAGCCUGGCUUUCGGAACACCUGAUCCACAAAGACUUCAAAUGGCUAUGUCUCUGUAUUCUACAUCACUCAGUGGCUUGGUCCUGCUUGUUGACAAUCGGAUUAGUUCAUAUUCUGGAAUUAAGAAGCAGUUUGCAGCUGUUUGUGAGCAGUCUACCGACUUUCACUUUCCGUCUCUCAACGAUCAGCUGGAAAAAAUACGCAUCGAUGUUCGAAAGGGAAAGCAGCAGCAAGAGGAGCGCAAGAAAGCGGCAGCAGAAGAGAUGGACGAGGUAGUUGAGGCUACAGAUAUGGCAUUUGGCAUGCCAGCCUCACCAAAGAGAACAGGAUCUGAACAAGAUGGUCCUUUGAUGAGUCCAGGUGACUACUACAUAACUAAGCAUUCAAAUUUGGCCGAGGUGCACGUUGUGUUUCAUCUUGUUGUUGAUGAUUCCAUUCGCCAGUCGACUAUGAACUCGAGGCAUCGCUGUCUAAGCGGUUUACGGAGCUUGCUACAUACUGCAAGUCGCUGCGAUAUCAAGACUCUAACGAUUCCGCUUCUGUUUGUGUACGAAAUGUCCGAGGAAAUGACUGUGAAUUGGUGUCUUCGAAGAGCCGAGCUCAUUUUCAAGUGCGUCAAAGGCUACAUGAUUGAAUGCUCUACAUGGGCAGGGAAUGAACCGAUUACGAUUCAGUUUCUUGUCCCACAGGACUUGUCUCAGGAUCUUUUUGAGCAGUUCAGUGCGAUGGUUCCAAAUAUUUUCCAACUCUCGAAUCCUCUCAACCUUGGCGGUAAACGUAAUCGGACGUAUAGUGCAUACGCGUGAUCUUGUGACUCUCGGUAUGCGUCUAACUGCCUACUUUGUGUAUCCAAAUUUUGCCUUGUUUUUCAAAUCUAUUUAUAUCUAAAUUGUUCUGUGA